CGAGCAGUGGGUCGGCCCAAGGGGAAGCUGGGCCCAGCCUCUGCAGUGAAGUUGGCUGCCAACCGGACCACGGCGGGAGCUCGCCGGCGCCGGACGCGAUGCCGCAAGUGCGAGGCCUGCCUGCGGACGGAGUGCGGCGAGUGCCACUUCUGCAAGGACAUGAAGAAGUUCGGGGGACCUGGACGGAUGAAGCAGAGCUGCAUCAUGCGGCAGUGCAUCGCGCCCGUGCUGCCCCACACUGCCGUGUGCCUUGUGUGUGGCGAGGCUGGGAAGGAAGACACAGUGGAAGAGGAAGAAGGCAAGUUUAACCUCAUGCUCAUGGAGUGCUCCAUCUGCAAUGAAAUCAUCCACCCAGGAUGCCUUAAGAUUAAGGAAUCAGAGGGUGUGGUAAAUGAUGAGCUUCCAAACUGCUGGGAGUGUCCAAAGUGUAACCACGCUGGCAAGACCGGGAAACAAAAGCGUGGCCCUGGCUUUAAAUAUGCCUCAAACCUGCCGGGCUCCCUGCUCAAGGAGCAGAAGAUAAACCGGGACAACAGAGAAGGGCAGGAGCCUGCCAAGCGAAGGAGUGAGUGUGAGGAGGCACCCCGGCGCAGGUCGGACGAGCACCCCAAGAAGGUGCCCCCGGAUGGCAUCCUGCGCCGAAAGUCUGAUGACGUGCACCUGAGGAGGAAGCGGAAAUAUGAGAAGCCCCAGGAGCUGAGUGGACGCAAGCGAGCGUCGACGCUUCCAACGUCCCCCGGUUCCUCCUCUCACCUCUCGCCGAGGCCCCCUCUAGGCAGCAGCCUCAGCCCCUGGUGGAGAUCCAGUCUCACUUACUUCCAGCAGCAGCUAAAACCUGGCAAAGAAGAUAAGCUUUUCAGGAAAAAGCGGCGGUCCUGGAAGAACGCAGAGGACCGGAUGGCUCUGGCCAACAAGCCGCUCCGGCGCUUUAAGCAGGAGCCCGAGGAUGACCUGCCCGAGGCACCCCCCAAGUCCAGGGAGAGUGACCACUCGCGCUCCAGCUCACCCACGGCUGGGCCUAGCACCGAAGGUGCGGAGGGCCCUGAGGAGAAGAAGAAGGUGAAGAUGCGUCGGAAACGACGGCUUCCCAACAAGGAGCUGAGCAAGGAGCUGAGCAAGGAGCUCAACCAGGAGAUCCAGAAGACAGAGAGCAGCCUGGCCAAUGAGAACCACCAGCCCAUCAAAUCUGAGCCCGAGAGUGAGAAUGAAGAGCCCAAGCGGCCCCUGAGUUUCUGUGAGCGCCCCCACCGCUUCAGCAAGGGCCUCAACGGCACACCCCGGGAGCUGCGACACCAGCUGGGCCCAGGCCUGCGGAGCCCACCCCGAGUCAUCUCCCGGCCCCCGCCCUCUGUGUCGCCUCCCAAGUGCAUCCAGAUGGAACGACAUGUGAUCCGGCCGCCCCCCAUCAGCCCCCCUCCCGAUUCACUGCCCCUGGAUGACGGGGCUGCCCACGUCAUGCACAGGGAGGUGUGGAUGGCCGUCUUCAGCUACCUCAGCCACCCAGACCUGUGUGUCUGCAUGCGGGUCUGUAGGACCUGGAACCGCUGGUGCUGCGAUAAGCGGUUGUGGACCCGCAUCGACCUGAACCACUGCAAGUCCAUCACACCCCUGAUGCUGAGCGGCAUCAUCCGGCGCCAGCCUGUUUCCCUGGACCUCAGCUGGACCAACAUCUCCAAGAAGCAGCUGAGUUGGCUCAUCAACCGGCUUCCUGGGCUCCGAGACCUGGUGCUGUCUGGGUGCUCGUGGAUUGCAGUCUCAGCCCUCUGCAGCUCCAGCUGUCCACUGCUCCGGACCCUGGAUGUGCAGUGGGUGGAAGGACUCAAGGAUGCCCAGAUGCGAGACCUUUUGUCCCCUCCCACAGAUAACAGGCCAGGUCAGAUGGACAAUCGGAGCAAGCUCCGCAACAUUGUGGAGCUGCGCCUCGCAGGCCUGGACAUCACAGAUGCCUCUCUGCGGCUCAUCAUCCGCCACAUGCCCCUGCUCUCUAAGCUGCACCUCAGUUACUGUAACCACGUCACUGACCAGUCCAUCAACCUGCUCACGGCAGUGGGCACCACCACCAGAGACUCCUUAACAGAAAUCAACCUGUCAGACUGCAAUAAGGUCACUGAUCAGUGCCUGUCCUUCUUCAAACGCUGUGGAAAUAUCUGUCAUAUUGACCUAAGGUACUGCAAGCAAGUCACCAAGGAAGGCUGUGAGCAGUUCAUAGCCGAAAUGUCUGUGAGCGUCCAGUUUGGGCAAGUGGAAGAAAAACUCCUACAAAAACUGAGUUAGUCCAAGGUCAAGUAUGUAAAUAUUGGGUGGGCAGGGGGAGGGAGAUGGUGAGGGAGGGGAAAGACUUCACAAAAAAUGAGGGAUUUUAUUUUCAAUUUGGAACUUGGAACAACAGACCAUGGAACGAUUCCAUUUUGCAAGUCUUGCCAAGGAAAAAGUUGUCCCACCAGCCCUUUCUGGAAUGAGUGAGCCGGACCCUUUCCUCUGGCCUUUCUGAAUGACCGUACUGUUUUCUGGACCAUUUCUGUGGCAGCCUUGAGCAAGAGAAGACAUUCCCAUCGGCAGAGGAUGGGACCUGGAAAACUUGUCUUAUUUUAGCACGAGCUUAGGAGUCUUUGGUGGCGGUGUUGGUUUUCUGUUUUGGGACACCUCGUUCCUGACAGCACUGAGGCUCCUGGCGUCCUCAUAAAAUGGACCACACACCACAUCUCUGCCGCCAUCUUGACACUUUUUUUUUUUUUUUGGUUUUGUUUUGUUACGGCUUACUUUAUGCAGAACUAUUUUUGUACAAAUUGUUUAAAAGUUAUUUAUGCAAGGUUUGAAUGCAUACCAGUGUUUUUAUUGUUUUGCGAUUGCCAACUUUCAUGGGCUCCUCAAGGUAGGAGAGAACAUCACCUGAACUUCAUCAUCAGAUGGGCCGGAUCUGACAGAGUGGGCGGGGCCUUCCCUUCAGAGCAUGUUUAACGAAGGGUUGUCCAGAAGUUCCAUAGGCAUGUGGUGGAAAUCUGUAAAUUAUAGUUGAAGUAAGACACUUUGCCACGUUUUCUCUUUAUAGAGUUCACCUUUUUCUCGAGAUUUUAAAAUUCCAAUUUCAGCCUUUGCACUCAGGAGGGUUCCGCCCCAGCAUGAGCUCUUGUUCUCCGUCUAAUUCAUAUGGUGAGUCAAGAAGUAGAAUCAGCGACCCAGUGUAGCCUUUCUUUUCCUGAUUUCUCUCCUUUGAAGUGUAAGUUGAGUUCUCAGUUAAGGCUUAUGACAUGGCUCUUUCCUCCUGUAACAUUAUGCAUUCAUAAGUGCCAUUGUUGUAAGGCGGUGUUUUCCUAGACCUCCCUUGAUGCGGUUUUACCUUUGUUGACUUUGUAUAAACAGUUGUAC